GUCGGGUGCUUUUACGACGUUGCCGUAGAGCAGAACGGAAACAAAGCAGCCGUUGCCAGGUCUUGCUUGAGGGAUGAAGUAGGCCUUACUCUGCCGAUUACCACUGCCUUUUUUGCGCAUGUGCAAGGUUGGCUCUGGCGAUGGCAGCGGCUGCAGGUAGCCGCCUUGUCUUAGGCUGCGCAACGGCACCGGCGGCCUCACGCUGGUCUUGCGGACGGUUUUCCUCCUCGUCGCCUGUCUCGUCCCCCGGGGGGUUGCCGCGCGCUGAAAGACCUGAGAUGGGGGGUGUAUCCCCGCCCCCCGAAAGCCGGGCUUCAAAUUUUUGCCCUCCUUCACACUCUUGCCACGAUUGGAUUGGUCCUCCUCAUCGAUGUUCAAACCUCCGACCAGUAAUAUUUUAUAUUCCUAAACAUGAGUCCCCAUUGGAACGAAGACUUAGAGAGCUUAGACAGGAAACUCAGGUUUGGAAUCAACAGUUCUGGGCAAACCAGAAUAUAUCAUUUCAAAAGGAAAAAGAAGAUUUUGUUUGCUCCAAAUUGAAAGCCAAAGGUCUACAACUGAGAGAUGAAAAAGGCCAGAAAGUAACACUGAAUGCAGAAGAAAUGGCUGAAUUUUACAAGGUGUUUUUAAGUAAAAACUUCAAAAAACAUACAGCUUAUAACAGGGACUGGUACAAACGGAAUUUUACAAUCACAUUCCUCAUGGGACAAGUGGCAUUUGAGAAAGCUUGCAAGAGAUUUGGAUUGAAAAAGUCUAAAGCUGAAAACUAAGGUCAUAGUGCUGGGUAUACUUGGAAUAAGGCCUGAUAUAUUACUGAAAUCUAAAUUGCACGCAUGACCAUUUCUUAGAUUUUGACAUUUGAAGCUACACAAAUGCAAGUUGAGCUAUACUUCUCAUUGUACUUAUACCAAGCCAACUGCCAUUGUUUACACUACAGCAUCCUCCUAGUUGAAAGCUUACUUGGUGAGAUACGAAGUGUACCAAAGAAUGGAUUUUUGUGUGUGCGUGAUUUGUACAAUCUGUCUGUAUGCUCCAUUUUGUUCAUUGCCAUCUUGAUCUACAAGCUGGUACUUAUGUUCUAGUGUGGCUAUAUUUUGUAGUAAGAAACAAGACGGUAUAUGAGUUACACUUCAGGUGUAGUGGUGGUGGGGCUUCAGUUAUAGAUAGUUAGGACAAAGGCACAUGAUUAUGAUGAAUGCAAAAAUUCAUUAUUUCAAAUUCAUUUAGCUUUAAGAAAUUCCUAAAAGCAUAUUUGUAGGCACUUUUUUCAAGUUAGUUCUUUACCACUAGUUUAUAAUAUAACAACUUCUUAACACUCCUGGGCAUUAGAUAAACCAAUGGCAUUGUAUUACAUUGUCUGGUUGAUUAUUAAUGCUUUUCUCACCAGUGGCUUUGAACUACAUUGUGCUGAUUUAUUUAUUAUUAUUCCUUGUAUUCCUUCUGUCAAUCAUACUGUCAAGAAAGAUAAUGAAUUGAUAUGCCCAGAAAUGUAAGAUUGCUUCUAAAACAUCAGUUCAUAUUGGUAAUUACUUUUAGAUCACAUACUGCUCUCCCAAGCAUAAAUGAUAUGUCAAAUGAUUAUCCUAGAUUAACAUUGUAUGUUGAACCAGAAUCUUAUAUUGCAUGCUAAUUAGGCUAUGUCUAUAUAGAGCAUUAAUGUCCUUGUUUUAAGCAGCAUCCAGUCUCCAAAUUUCACUUAAAUCAGUGCACUGAAGGACACCAAUCCUUUGCAGUCAGAUGUGGUUUUAUACUAAAUUUGGUUUUUCAGGGAAGGCCACACUCUCAUCUUUUCUCCAUGGUUAAAUGACAAGGAGUGCCCUCUACAUACUUAUUCCUCAGGAUAUAAAGUUGAAGGAAGACAGCUUUUUCUGGAGCUUGCUUCUACACACUCAAGGUUUUCUCCCUUCCAGAUUUAUUGACGGGGCAAAACUAAUUCUUCUGAGGUUUUUGAGAUUUGUAUGAAUUCUUUCAGCUUACAUUGAGGCAUCCAUGAGUUCUGAAGAACAUCACCCAUAGGUUAUGUGUCAUUCUGCCCCCACCCCCAGUGGAAGGUCAUAUUAAUACGUUGUCAGUCCUUCAGGAUUUUCUGGAACAUUCCCAAGAACUAGGGCUGGGGCAGAUACACAGUCCUCAACACUAAAUACACACUAGCCUCGGUUUAACAACUGUGAGUGUGCUGUUCGGAUCACAUCCUUCUGAUCAAUCUGUACCUUUUCUCUUGUGCUCAAAUUUACCUCACAUUGCUUAACCAUGUUCUGGUGUUGUAUCUGACCACCUGAUCAUGCUAAACCCUGAUUUAAAUUACAACCUGUUUUCCUGAAAAUCUAGGUGUCUGGAUAUAUUUUUUGCUUUUUUGUGUAUACCAACCACUGUAUACUUGCUGUGCACCAAUGAUUCUACCCAUUUGUACGUUUUUGAAAGAUGGAUAAGUUGUCUUUGAAGCAGAGUAUGUAGAAAAAUGGUAUAUUAUUAAAGUAAUCGUUUUGACAUAUCAAAACCAUACUAAUGUAUAAAGAUCAUAUUCAUCUGA